UCUCCUUCUCUCUCUCUCUCUCUCUCUCUCUCUCUCUCUCUCUCUCGCACGCGUGGUCUGGAGUCAAUGAAUAACCCCCUUCCCCCUUACUCCACCCACUAACUCGAGGGCAGGAAGCACAAACCUGGCUUCUGUGUCAUUAUUUUGGCUUUGAGCGUGUUUGGAGACCGACAUGAUUAUUGCAGGGAGAAAAAAGCCACAGUGUGUAGGGUAUCCUUGCAAAAAACAGAAAGAAAAGAUAAAGGAUAGAUACCAUAGAUUGUUAUGCAAUUGUUAUGAGGAAAAAAAAGGGAAGAAUCUGUUAUGUAGAAAUCAUUGAAGCUGAGUUUUUAGAAGGAAUGGGUGUUGUAGAAUUAGACGAUCCUUUUCUUAGUGUAUAGUGUGUAGAGGGAGUGGUUGGGUAGCAAGGUUGUGACUCUUGGGUGCGUACCAAUGUGUGAUCUCAUGUCAAGCAGGAGUCCGAGGGAAAGACGGAUAUGAUGAACGCGGCACCACCACCCCUGUCAUCAUCACGUUGCCGUCACGGUUGCGCCAGCACUCAGCACCACACCACCACCACCACCACCAUCGCAGCGCCACAUCACAGGAGGUGGUGGUCUUUUGAAGGUGGCGGCGCCGCUCGCCAAGGGACGUAAGGGCGGACAGACUGCUCGGCGUCUCAGGCGAGGAAGGAAGGGAAAGACUAACACCGCCACGUGCGCCGGCAGGUGGGCGGUGGGUGGGAGGACGCCCCGUCCCUCACGCCACCCCUUGAGGAGAGGUGAGGUAGAACAGAAGGGCACUGGGAAGAGGAGGAAGGUAUGGUAGUGAUGGUGAUGGUGAAUAUGAUAAAGGUAGUGAAUAUUGUUAUUAAUGUCAUUGUUAUUGUCACUAUCGUCAGCUGUUUAGUAAUAUGUCCUCAUUGACUUAAACGUUGGUGUAUUUUAUUCUUCUUGACGUAUUUCCACAGUUUUCAGUGUAUUACUUAUCCAUCGUUCGUGUUUCCUAUCAGCCUUUAUCUUCCUCUAAUACGAAAAAUAAAAACGGAAAAAAUCUAUAUAGACAAACACAUUUGACAACAGUAAAGGAUAUUGUUAACAAUCUCAUCACCACCAACAAGGCUUCUGUUCCCACCAACACCACCAUCACCACCACCACUGCCAUCAACACUACUGCCCCCGCCGCCUCUGCUGCCCCCCCCCCCCUCGACCCCCACACCUACUGGGAAGGGCCUCAAUAUGCGCGUGGCCGGCGCUUUCCUGGUACCCGAGAUGUCAGGCUCAGGUGUGCUGGCCUUGCCUCGUGCCCUGGCCAACACAGGGUGGGCGGGGUUGCCACUGAUGGUGUUGCUAUGCCUGGCGGUGGGGUUCGCAGGCACACGGCUGGGGUUGUGCUGGGUGCUGCUGGAGGAGCGCUGGCCGGAGUACCGCACGCCCUGCCGCCGCCCCUACCCGGCCAUCGCACUCCGCGCCCUCGGCAAUACGAAACACUGCGUGGCGGUGGUGGCUCAGACCCUCACACUGAUGGGUGUGUCCACUGUAAUGCCGAUCCUGGCUGGAGACCUGCUGGCCUCCCAGGCGGCGCCCCUGCUGAUCCCCUGCGCCUUUACUGGGGUUGUGGCCUGUUUGCUGACCCGUCUCCUGGCUCGCCACUCCCAAGGACUUCAGCCUCUACCUGCCAGUCUCAGGGGUGGGGUAUGGCCUGCUGAAGGACGCCGUACCCAGCAACAUCCUGCUAGCGGUGUCCGGGGUGGCGGUGACGGUAGUGCGGGUCCUGCUCUUUGUUCAUCUCUUCGCUUUCAUCAUCCUCCCCACGCCGGUGGCGCAGAGUUCGGGUGGCGGCGGAGCGCUGCUCGAACCUGCCUGGUGGCGGUGGAGGUGCUGAUCAGUCUGGUCUUGCCCGACUUCAAAGCGAUUCUGAACUUGGUGGGAGGCUCGACUAUCGCCAUCAUGUCCUUCGUGAUGCCGCCGCUUUGCUACCUCCGCCUCAGCGCCGCCAAGAACCCCGUAGGACUGCCCUUCAGGAACGUGGGAGUGUGGGAGCGUGUGGUGCUGUGGGGCGUGGUUGUCAUGGGCGUGGCGCAGAGUCUGGUCACCUCUUACACAGCCACCUCGUCGUUCAUGUCCUGGGCAGUCCUGCAGCGCUCUUUUAGCGGCGUAACCAAAGCGGAACCUCCUGCUUGGUCUUAUGGCUCCCGUGCUGCCUCUGUGAUACUGGUGUCCGCCUCUCAGGUUGUCUCGGGAGCAUAUCAUGUGCUAUUCUUUUUUGCUGUAUAGUAAAUAAAAAUGAGUUUAUCA